AUGGACUCGGCCGAGUCGUCACCCGGAGUCAUCGAGACGGCACGCGCCAUCAUCGACCAAAGUCUUGACAAUCUGAGUCCAUCGCUACAUCAAAAUAUCAACAAAUUUCUCCACGCAAACCCCGAAACAGCAUAUCAAGAGUUUCUCGCCCACAAUACUCUCACGGCGUACCUCGAGGACCAGGGAUUCACGGUCAAAAAGCAGACCUAUGGCCUUGAGACCAGCUUCGAAGUCGAGAUUGGAGAGGGCGGACGGCUUGUCGUGUUUUGUGCCGAGUACGAUGCCCUCCCCACGAUAGGACACGCCUGUGGCCACAACCUGAUCGCAACUUCGUCUCUCGCUGCUUUUUUGGGAGCCGCUCGUGCGAUGACAGAGCUGGAAAUCCCCGGUCGUUUACGCAUUCUGGGUACGCCGGCAGAAGAAGGCGGCGGCGGCAAAGCGAAACUCAUUGACGCUGGCGCUUUCAAUCCUCCACAAGAUAUCGCAGCCGCCAUCAUGGCGCAUCCCGUGGCAGCGCACCAGAUCGGAAGCAGCGGUGACUUUUCCGGCCUCGCGGGCUUCAAGCUCAUCGCAAGCCACAAACUGCGUGUCGAGUUUAGAGGCAAGACGGCCCACGCGGCUGGUGAGCCGUGGAAUGGAGUAAAUGCACUUGACGCAGCCGUUGCGGCAUACAAUAAUGUGGCAUUGCUGCGACAGCAGAUCCAGCCUGAUGAACGGAUUCAUGGCGUCAUAGAGGCUGGUGGUACGGUUCCCAACGUCAUCACUGAAUACACUCGAAUGAACUGGAAUAUCCGAAGCCCUACGAUGAAGCGGUGCAAUGACCUGCUACGUCGGGUAAAGGCGUGCUUCGAGGCUGGUGCUGCGGCUACUGGUUGCUCUAUUAGCUACAUCCCGUCACCGACGUACAUGAAUCUCCGCGUCAACGACACGCUCUGCAAAACAUACGUGGACGAGAUGGCAGUUCUGGGCGAAAACAUCAUGCUUCGGCAGACCAAGAACUUCAAUGCGUCGACAGACAUGGGUAACGUGUCGCAUCUAGUCCCCAGUUUCCACGGCGCUUUUGCGAUCCCAGCAAGUCCGGAUAUCUCUGCUCAUAACCCAGGAUUCACCGCUGCUGCUGGAACGGACGAGGCACACGCAGCGGCAAUCAAGUGCGCAAAGGGUAUGGCGAUUCUUGCUAUACGUGUUCUUGUUGAGGAUGCAGUUGCGACAGGUGCGCGAAGCGACUUUGGACUAGAGGAUGAGUGA